CACAAACAUGAGCUGAGCGGUGACGGGGCGAGCGCUGCGCGGCUUCGCGUUGGGAACUUGGGAGCAAAAUGUGCCUUUUAGACCUGGAAUAUGAGAUUUCCAAAAGGGAUUACAUCUAGUAGGAUGUUGUGUCACAUUCCCAGGUCAAACAAAAGGAUUACUUUAAGUAUUUUCAACACUAAAUGAGCGCAGACAUGAAGUCCGUUGCUGAGGUGAUCUAACGUACAAAGUGACGCGACGCGACGCUGAAACUAAAGGGCAGUGGAAUUACGUUUGUUUUUGCUGAUGUGGAAACUUUAUCUUAUUAUUGAUACCUGUUCUCCUCAGACUUUCUGUCAUCCUAUGUGUCCGGUCGGAAAUAUUAACUAUCCUUUUCCCAAAUGAGAUGUAAGUUCGCGCCGUCGGAGUUGAUGGGGAGCACGAAACAGCCAGCAAACCUCACAGAGAAACUUGCGGAGAAAAACAUGCCGUCUUUUCAUCCAUGGAGACAUGGCAUAUAGGUUCCUCUCCAGCCGAAUCGUGCCAUCCUCAAACAGAUUAAGCAGAAGAUUUAUUUUUAUAUUCACUAUCUCUUUGUCUUUCAUGUAUCUAUGCUACAGCAUCCUCUUCUGCUCCGGUACAAUCAUGCCUAACCAGAGAUUGGAGGAGCAGCGCUGCGUCCAUCUGAAGAACAUGGGGAGUAAAAAACUUUUACAGAAGUCACAUUAUUGCACUAUAUCAGCGAAAGCGAGAGUCAUCUCGGACGAGACGAGGGCUGUGCGUCUCGCAAACCUUACUGGCAACCAAAGCAAACAUUCAGCCUUGCAGAAAACACAAGAUGUGCUGGAUCACAAGCAGAGUAACAACAGUAAUUCGCCAAAAUACGGGAAUAAGAAGCUGCCCAAUGCACUUAUAGUUGGCGUUAAGAAAGGAGGCACCAGGGCGGUGUUGGAGUUCAUCCGGAUUCAUCCAGAUGUUCGAGCUCUUGGGACUGAACCGCAUUUCUUUGAUAGAAACUAUGACAAAGGAUUGGACUGGUACAGGGGUCUCAUGCCGCGCACUCUGGACAGCCAGAUCACCAUGGAGAAAACACCGAGUUACUUUGUGACACGGGAGGCACCGCGACGCAUCUCAAACAUGUCUCGCGAAACAAAGCUGAUCGUAGUAGUGCGGAACCCAGUCACGAGGGCGAUCUCUGACUACACACAGACCCUGUCGAAGAAGCCAGACAUCCCAUCUUUUGAGGAACUAGCCUUCAAAAACAGAAGUCAAGGCAUCGUGGACACCUCCUGGAACGCCAUCCGUAUAGGCAUGUACAUCCUACACCUGGAGAACUGGCUGCAAUACUUCCGUCUAUCGCAGAUCCAUUUUGUCAGCGGGGAGCGGCUCAUCACGGAUCCGGCCGGAGAACUGGGCCGGGUGCAGGAUUUCCUGGGGCUCAAACGCAUCAUCACGGACAAGCACUUCUACUUCAACCGAACAAAAGGCUUCCCGUGCCUGAAGAAGCCAGAAAGCAGCAGCCAGCCCCGCUGCCUGGGCAAGUCCAAGGGCAGAACUCAUGUUCAGAUUGACCAGGAAGUCAUUGAGCAGCUUAGAGAAUUUUAUAGGCCAUUCAAUGUGAAAUUUUAUGAAAUGGUGGGUCAUGACUUCAGAUGGGACUGAGGAGGAGGACCUUGGUGAAACCAGCCUUUCUUUUCUGAUGAUGAAUAUGUCUUCAAGGGGUAGUUCACCUAAAAAUGUCAAUUCUGUCAUCAUUUAUUCACCCUCGUAUUGUUCCUAAUCUGUAUGCAUGUGUUUCUUCUGUGGAACAUAAAAGAAGAUAUUUAGAAAAACAUGAAGGUUCAGCUUUGCAGCUAUAUAUAUAUAGUAAAGGUAAAUUGUGACUUUCCUCAGAAUUGCGUCAUAGAAACUUGCAGAGUAUAUAAAGUCAGAACUGCGAGAGACAGACUCGCAAGUCUGCAUUUUUACUCAGAAUAUCGAGAUAAAAUCUUUAAAUUUGGACUUUUUCUCAGAAUUGUGUGAUAUAAACUCACAAUUGCAAGAAUUAAAAUCAGAAUUGUAAGGAAACAGUUCUGAAAUGCAAGAAAAAAAGUCUAAACUGCAAGACAGAUUUCAAGUUAUCUUGCAAUUCUUUUUUUUUUCUUCUAGCAUUUCUUCUCGAGAUAUAAACACAACUGUGAGUUAUAAACUCCCAAAAGAACGUUUUUUUUUGUUUUUUUUUCUGAAGUUUAUCAGUUAAAUUUUUUUAUGAGGAAAAAUAGUCUGAAUCUCACAAUUCAGACUUUUUUCCCUUGUAAUUCAGACUUUUCCUAGCAUAAGCUUACGUAUUAUAUUAACUCACGAUUGCGAGAAAUAAUGUCAGAAUUGCAAGAUAUACGCUCAGAUAUAAAGCCAGAACUGCAAGGAAAAUAUCCAAAAUGCAAGGAAAAAGUCCAAAUUGUUAGCUUUUAUCUUGCAAUCCUUUUUUUUUUUUCCUCACAAUUUUUCUCUAGAUACAGACUCGCAAUUCUAAAAAAAGAGUCUUUUGUCCUCGCAAGUCUGAGUUUAUAUCACACAAUACUGAGGGAAAAAAUUGUCAGAAUUGUGAGAAAGUCAGAAGAAUUUUUUAUCUCGCAAUUCAGACUUUUUCCUCGCAAUUACAACUUUUCUCAGAAUUGUGUAGCUCACAAUUGCGAGAAAUAAAAUCAGAAUAGAAUUGCAAGAUACAAACUCACAAAUGUGAGAAAAAAAUCUGAAUUGUGAGGGGAAAAAAAGUCUGAAAUGCAAGAAAAAAAGUCUAAAUUGCAAGACGAAUUGCGAGUUUUUACCUUGCAAUUCUUUUUGUUUCUUCUUGUAUAUAUGAUAUAAACUCAAUUCAACAUUCUACAAGAGAAACAGUUUUUUGUCGUUGCAAGUCCAAAUUUAUAUCACACAAUACUGAGAAAAAAAAAAUUGUCAGAAUUGUGAGAAGGUCUGAAUUGCAAGAUACAAACUCGCAAUUGCGAGAAAAAGUCAGAAUUGUGAGGGAAAAAGUCUAAAUUAUGAAACAAGUUACGAGUUUUUGUCUUGCAGUUUUUAAUUUUUUUUUCCUCGCAAUUCUUUGAGAUAUAAACUCGCAAUUGAGAGUUAUAUACUCGCAAUUCUAAGAAAAAGAGUUUCCAUCACACAGAGUCAGAGUUUAUAUCACACAUUACUGAGGAAAAAAAUUGUCAUUCUUUAAAAAGUCCAAAUUGUGAGGAAAAAAGUCAAAUUGUGAGAUAAAAACGUGUAAUUCUGACUUUGACAUUUUUCCUCGCAAUAUGGACUUUUUGCAGAAUUCAGCUCACAUUUGUGAGAAAAAGCCAGAAUUGCGAGGAAAAAGUCCAAAUUGCAAGAAAAAAAGUCAGAAACCAUUUUAUCUUGCAAUCCUUUUUUUCAUGCAAUUCUAAGAAAACUUUUUAUAUCACGCAAUACUGAGGAAAAAAAAUAGUCAGAACUGCGAGAAAGUCAGAAUUGUACGUUUUUAAUCGCAAUUUAGAAUUGUGAGAUAUAAACUUGCACUUCUAAGAAAAAUCGUUUUUUUUUCUUACAAUUGUAAGUUUAUAUCACACAAUACGGUGAAAGAAAGUCAGAAUUGUGAGAUAAAAAGUUGCAAUUACCUUUUUUUUAUUAUUAUUAUUCAGUGGUGGAAACAGACUUCCACAGAAAACAGCUAUUUUAAAUUGUAAUUGAUAUUUGACUAUUUUUGAUCAAACACAUGCAGACUUGGUGAGCAUAAGAGAUAUUCCCAACCUGUUCAACUUUUGAACACUAGUACAUUUCAUAGAAAUUUGGAGGGUAAGCAAAUGAUGACAUAAAUCAUUUUUAUUUUUGGUGUAACUAUUCCUUUUGAAUCAGUUUGCAGGACAAAAGGAAACAGAAGACCUCAAACUAAUUAAGACCCAGUGCUCUUAAUAUAUAAAAAAAUAAAUAAAUAAAAAUAAAACAUGGGCAAAAUACAAUGUUGUAUGUACUGUAGCUCAAGAGACUCUGCCUUUCACAUGAAAUGCUUUAAUACAUUUAGAACCCAUGCAAGGUCAUUAAAGAGAAUAAGUGAGAAGCUCUUGUUCAGUGUCACAGCGUUUGGUAUGCACAGCAUUUGUUUCGUUCAUCGCCCUCCUGUUACUGUUGAAAACACUCAACCAAGUUAAUCAUCUUGAUAUGGAAUAGAAACCCGUAAAGCAUACAGUGACUGCUGAGGUGUGUCAUUACGUUUAUCUCACAAAAUGUAACACAGGAAAACAAAU